UUAGGCGAAUAAGCCGUUUUAGGAAAAAAGAAGGAGACUAUGAAGCUAAAGGUUUUCUGAGAACAGGAGGGCAUGUCUCGCUACGGAGUACAGGGAGGGUUUCCGUACGGUUGGGAUUGAGAAGAAGGCGCUUUCUGUCUGUUGGCCAAAGAUUUACUGUUGCCACCCUCUGAGGAGGAGAAGAGGAGACAUAAGAAAAAAAGGCUGGUCCAGAGCCCAAAUUCUUACUUCAUGGAUGUUAAAUGCCCAGGCUGCUACAAGAUUACCACGGUUUUUAGUCAUGCUCAGACUGUUGUUCUCUGUGUAGGCUGCUCUACGGUUCUUUGCCAACCCACAGGUGGCAAAGCCAGGCUCACAGAAGGAUGUUCCUUCAGACGGAAGCAGCAUUAGCCGGUGCUAGUUCCUUGCUUGACAUGAUGCGGAUUAUAGAAUAUAUUCUCUGCUUCUCAGAAUGAUUUGCCUUAUACCAGAUUUCAGAGCGCCGUACUUACAAUGGUACAUGCAGUUGGCUCUUCUAAUUCAGGGAACAAUUUUGCUGCUGGAGUUUAAUUAUGUGGAAGCAGUUUCCUAAAUAAAGUUAAAUAUGCAAUUGA